AUGCCCUCCGGCGGGACUCUGGCCAUGCGCACUUUGGACCCUUCGCUAUACAAAAACGGUGGUUUUGACUGGAGGACGGCUACGCUGCUGGCCACGGUGUUGGGGUACUUGGUCUUGCCUCCAGGUGUGUUGCCGGGUGCGAUAGACUACUACAUCAAAGCUCCGCUGAAGCGUAAGGAGUCCAGGGCUAUCGACAAGCCACCGUGCUACUCCCACCAACACCAACGUGCAGCCGUGCACCCCACUUCCCUGCCCAUGCCCGGCUCCUCUUGUCUUUCCUCAACCCACGUACGGACCAUGGGGUAUUGCACUGUACGGAUCCUCAGAAUGACAUCAUCCUGGGUUGGCCCCCGCCCCCUCUCCUGUACUAAACUAUCAACCCAUGUUCACAUUCCUAACCGACACGAUGGUACCCUAUCGUACAUUGCCGUACCACGUCAGGCCAAGGAGUUUGGCGAGGCGGAGGUCUGGAUGAACGAGCGCAUGAGCCGCGUGCCUGGCUCCCACUGCGCGGAAUUCGUCACCGCCUUUGACGAGUCCCUGAAUGUGCCGCUGCCCGAGGGCGCGGGUGGUCGGUCUGCGGGGUCUCCAGCCCCGCCCACCUGGAGCGGUGGCGCUCUGGACAGCGGAGCCAUCUGGCUGGUGUGGUACUACGAGGGGGAUAACACGCUCGUGACGCUGAUGGAGAAGCGCGAGUUUCCGUACAACCUGGAGCCGCUGCUAUUCGGUCGAGAGCUCCGGGCUCCGCGCGGUCCGGUUCGUGAGCUUGUGACCAUCAAGGAAACCAUGAGGCAGCUGCUCACGGCGGUGGGGGCGUGCCAUGCCAAUGCUGGUAUCGUACACCGGGACAUCAAGCCCGCCAACUGCAUCGUGUCGACCCGGGACAAGAAACUCAAGCUCAUAGAUUUGGGCGCCGCUGCGGACCUGAGGAUCGGGAUCAACUACGUACCCAACGAGUACCUGCUGGAUCCGCGAUAUGCACCGCCGCAGCAGUACAUCAUGAGCACGCAGACUCCCCGCCCGCCCCCCAAGCCCGUGGCUGCCUUCCUGUCCCCCGUGCUGUGGGGCAUGGAGCGCCCCGACCGGUUCGACAUGUACAGCUGCGGGGUGUGCAUGUUGCAAAUGAUAUUCGCACAUCUGAGGAACGACAACAACCUGAUUGCCUUCAACAAGAGGUUGCAGGAGCUCAAGUGGGACUUGGCGGCCUGGCGGAAGGAGGAGGAGGCGAAACUGGCGGCUGGCGGCCUGAAGGCGGCCCUGGCGGAUAGCCUGUCAGCGGGGUUUGAGGCGCUGGACGCUGACGGCGGCGCCGGCUGGGAUCUGCUGACGCGGCUGAUGUCGUACAGGCCGACGGACAGGCCCUCUGCCUCAGAGGCCCUGGCCCACCCCUGGCUCACCUCGGCCCCGGGUCGCGCCGCCAGCAUGCAGCGGUCCCUCACCUCCUCGGUGGAGGCGACUGUGUCCACGGCGGCUGCGGCCACCUCGGCGGCGCUCACCAGCGCGGGCAAGACGUUGGGACGGGCAGCGGCGCUGGCGGAGAUGGAGGAGGCCAUUCUCAAGACCCAGCAGGGAGCUCUGACUGAGGCGCAACUCAUGGAGGAGCUGGGCCUCCAGGAGCCCGCCCCGGUGGCUCCCCGCGAGGGCAGUCAGACCAUCGCCUGGUGGCAGGAGCGACAGAGCGACCUGAGGUCCCGACUCGUGGAGAGGAGGGAGAAGCUCAGACAGCAGGUCAGCAGCGCCAUCACCAGCGUCCGAGGAGGGGCAGGGGCACGGGGCGGCAACGGCAGCGGCAGCGGCGGACGCCCCGCCGGCAAGGCGGCGCCGGACGCAGCGGCGGGAGCUGCAGCGGCAGCAGCUGCCGGCAAGGCGGCCGACGGCAGUGGCAAGAUCAAGAUCCCGAUGAUCUUGGGCGGCGGCGCGGCAGUCAAGAAGUCUACGCCGGCAGCUGGCAAUGGCAAGCCCGGGCCGGCAGUGGCGGCAGCAGCCAACGGUAACGGUAACGGUAAACGUGCGUCGUCGCCAGUGGCCAGCAAGCCAUCCAACGGCAAUCUUAACGGUAACGGAAAUAACGGCAAUGGCAAGCUAUUUGCUGCGAAUGGCUUGAGCCUUGGCCGUUUCGCACCUGGUAACGGCAAUGGCAACGGUAAUGGCAACGGCAAGGGAAAACGGUCGCCCGUUAGCAGCCGGGACGUGGAGGAGGAAUUGGAGGACGAGGAGGAGGAGGAGGUGGUUGCGCCGACUUCCACCAAGGAGAAGGUCUUUGACCUGUUGGGCGUUUUCCGCAAGUAA